UUUUUUUUUUGGCAAAUGCUCACCAGUUGCUCGCUGAGAGGAGCGAUACACCGCAACCUGCGACGUCACAUCCUUUUAUCAUUGGACGUCCAAUCAUUUACCACAACUGCAGCGGUCGCUCGCCAGGAAAACGCCAAAAAACGACGCAAGUACGAAGACCUCAGGGUACCGACACCAGAGGAGGAACUGCUUGGCCCACAGCGGUGGCGAGACCCGUUUGCUGAACCAUUGCCACCUCACCCACUGGCAUUAAAGUAUCCUCCACCAACAAGACUUUCUACUAGACACGGCACUAAGCGUCCUAAAUAUGAGCCACAUACGAACGUUCAACCUCCACUAGAGCCAUGGAAAGCUCCUAUAUCCGGAACAAAGGUUGCUACGGAAGCGAAAGCGGAGACGUCUACCACAUCACAAAUCGAUUCAGCUGAUAAAGAUGAAUCCCAAGCGUCCUCCCCAUCCUGGAAAGACGCCCUAAAACGGAUUUGCCAGUCACCGGAAUCUUUCAACUCGGAUGUUGUAAAACACUACGACGAUCGUACGGUGACAAUCGCGGACCUUUUUCCAAAGGCAAAAUGUCACUUUCUGGUUAUGCCUCGUCAGAUCAUCAACGACUUUGAGGAUCUGACAUUGGAGCAUUUAACUGUGUUGGACGAUUUGCGAGAACGCGCCGAGCAACUGAUUGCCAGUCACCAUGAACAGGAUCCAUCGUUGACAUUCAAAUGCGGGUUUCAUGCAUUGCCCAGCAUGAGACAACUUCAUCUACAUGUCAUCAGCACCGAUUUCUGUUCACCAAACAUGUUUAAAUCUGGCCAGCGUAAGCACUGGAAUUCGUAUAAUACGAGCUUUUUCGUCCCUUUGGAAACUUUGCGGGAAAGACUAGAAAAAGAGGGUAGAAUACAAUUUGAUGUUUUACAGAAUAUGAAGAAGCUACAGUCCAAAAUCCUAUGUAACGUCUGCCAGGCACAAGCCAGAGAUAUGCGAGAGUUGAAGGUUCACCUAUCCACGAGACAUUGGAAACAAGCGGAUAUGGAUUGGAUGAAGUAGAAUAUUGGAGAGAACACUUUUGUACAUAGCAUUGUGGGGUACGCGGGGGAAACAAUGAUAAACAUUGAAGAAAACCUGUAAUUACGCUAACUAAAUCUGAACACGCUAUCACACUACGGCAAAAAAAAACCUUCAUUCCAU